CGGACUCCACCCAGAAUCGCCGUGCCUGUUGUCUCCUUUGCCUUUGUGCACCUGCCCGUGCACGGGACCGCGCAGCGCGGGCACGCACCCUAUCCCCGUUUGUUCUGUGGACUCGGGAGAGCCGUGCGGCACAGACAGGUGUCUGGAUGAUGUGUUUACUAUGGCCAGCGACCCUCUGGAAGGCUUUCACGAAGUGAAUCUUGCAUCCCCUACGACUCCAGAUCUUGGCGUGAAUGAUAUUAAGCCUCAGGAACCAACUACCUCACCCAAUGUAAUUUACAGACCCCAUUUAAGUGUAAACGCAAGUACUAUUCAGCCGAAUACUCUAAAUGCAUCAGACCUACCUACACAACCUGUGUACUCCUCUCCAAGGCAUCUCAACUGUGGGGACACUUCUGGGAAAAGCACCAUACUAACGGAUACAUGUUCUACCUCUGGAUGCCAGACAUGCUCUCCCAAACACAGCAGAAGAAAGGACAGCAACCGCGCAGAGAGAGAGUUUCUGCAAGGUGCUACGGUGACCGAUGUUGUGGAUGGGACAGAUGAUGUGCUCGGAUGGAGUACCGACAGCCUGUCCCACCUACGGAGUCCUUCUGUCUUGGAAGUGCGAGAGAAAGGAUAUGAACGGCUAAAAGAAGAGCUGGCCAAAGCUCAGAGAGAGCUGAAAUUAAAAGAUGAAGAAUGCGAACGACUUUCAAAAGUGCGUGACCAACUCGGUCAGGAGCUCGAGGAGCUUACAGCAAGUCUAUUUGAGGAAGCACACAAAAUGGUCCGAGAGGCAAAUGUUAAGCAGGCAGCAGCUGAGAAACAGUUGAAGGAAGCACAGGGGAAGAUUGAUGUGUUACAGGCUGAGGUAGCAGCGCUAAAAACUCUUCUGUCCACCUCCCCAACAUCUCCUUCAAAAGAUUCUCAGCCAGGUGGAAAGAUUCCAUUCAAGAAGGGCCAUGCAAGGAACAAAAGUACAAGCAGUGCGAUGGGGGCUUCCUCCUUGGACCUCAGUGUAGUGCAGCCAAUUGUCAAGAAAAGCAAGGAGAUUGAUCCAACAUUAUAUAAUGAAUUCAAAGCAUGGAGAGAAGAUCCUUUGAUGGCCAGAACUUGUCCGUUUUUAGAAAGGAUAUAUCAGGAGGACAUCUGUCCAUGUUUGGCUUUCCCCAAACGUGAGUUGGCAGACGCUGUCCUGGAGGCCGUGGAGAAUAAUACACUGAGCAUUGAACCUGCUGGUCUGCAACCUGCUCGAUUCGUGAAGGCAUCAGCUGUUGAAUGUGGUGGAUCAAAGAAAUGUGCUCUCAGCGGACAAACAAAAAACUGUAAACACCGAAUCAAGCUUGGAGACUCCAGCAAUUAUUAUUAUAUUUCCCCAUGUUGUAGAUAUAGGAUUACCUCUGUUUGUAAUUUCUUCACGUAUAUCCGAUAUAUCCAUCAAGGACUUGUAAAGCAACAGGACGUUGAACAGAUGUUCUGGGAGAUUAUGCAACUAAGAAAAGAAAUGUCGCGGGCAAAACUUGGCUUUUUCAAAGAUGACCUUUAAUAAACACAAAAGAAUGAAAUACACCUGGAAUUCAAUUUUCUUACUCUAGGCCAGUGGAAGGCACAUUACAGCACAGUGUGUGUGUGUGUGUGCGUGUGUUACAUGUCCCUGCCAGUGAAGUGACUCUGUAUUGAAAACAUUUUUAUUUUUAAUUUUUUUCUCUGUACUUUGCAAAUUGCACUACUGAGAAAUAAUGUGAUAUCUUAUGAAAAUCCUAUGUGCGCUUGCAAGAGACUAUUUGCUGCUCAGAUACUGACCAUCAGCUGCAGGCGUCCUCAUCUGUAAACUGUUGCAAAUUCUAAGAAAUAAAUGGUAGUUUGAAGGACA